AUACUCGGAGCAUCUGAUUGGUUGUUCCAGUCAUGUGACUUGAUAACGCUAUUGCCAUAUCAUUCGGAUCGUUUUAGUUGAUUUGCGGCGCCAUUUUGGUACACCCUGCCCCUGUGUUGCAGGAUCCUAUACAUUUUUGGUUAUUAUCACUAAAGGAAGAAAGUGACGGUGACGUGAUCUAGCGUGAGAAACUGUUAGGACAGAGACUUUACCAGCCACGUGAACUACAAUUCGGAACAGUAACCUGUACCAAGCAGAGCAGAGUAAGGCUCCUUGCCUGAAGCUCGCUCGUCAUGCGAGGGGACACUGUGCGUUAAUUGGGGUCCAUGUGCUGGAAGGGAAAUUUUGACACCAAAAAAACAUCAAAAAAGUGCUGUCACAUGUUUUAUCUUUCCCAUUUAAUGGCUGUUGAAUAGAUGGACAGACAACACAUUUUGCAAGGUCUGAAUCUCUGACCUGCCAUGUAUUACCUGGCUCAUCCAACAAAAACAUCUAAAGAAAGGGAACUCUGAAUGAUUUUUGGACCAUACAGAGGCCGCUAUAAGUAUAUUACAGGUUGUUAUAUGGCAUCUAACAAUGCCCGCAUGUGCUGCCAUCAACUGCACAAGUAGGCAGACUCGUGGAUGUGGAAAGUCAUUUCACCGAUUUCCACAUGGGCGACCAGAAAUCCUUAAAAAGUGGGUUAUGAACAUGCAACGCGAUACAUUUAAGCCAUCCUCCAAGGCAGUGCUGUGUUCUGACCAUUUUGAGGAGUACUGCUUUGACCGAACAGGUCAGACAAUCCGACUGAGGGUAGAUGCUGUGCCAACCGUUUUUGCUUUUCCUGGGAAACUGAGGAAGGAUAGGAAGUCACAAACCUCUGCUCCAGUGUUUGCAGAUGUUGAUGAGCAUUUUUCCUUUCCACCACCAUCAUUACCAGAACAGGCAACCACACCUGAGCCAGCUGAAAAACGUGUCACCGUGGAACAUGACUAUUGUAUCACAGACAGUCCAAAGGCUCUAAAAAAGAAGCUUGAUGAAGCUUUAAGCAGCCUUCACAAUGUGAAAAGGAGACUGAAGAUCACCCAGCAAAAAUUCAGAAGGCUAAAAUUUAAGGUUCAGUCACUUGAUUUAACUGAUGAUCCCGUGUAGAGACAAUUAUAGGUGUUUUUUUUUUUUUUUUUUAAAUUCCUAUUCUGUAAUUUCAGUGUAUAAGUGCUUUGAUAUAUGUAUCUUUAUGUAUUUGUAGAAAUGAGCUCAAUAGUCAGACUAUGUACAUACAGAGUUUUAUACUUUUAUUAAUGCUCCCACAUGUGCUUUGGAUGAAAUUUCCUGAAUGUGUAUGAGAAGAAUAAGGAAUAGUAUAGUGUAAGUACAAUGGUUUCCUCUUUAUACGGACUUAUUUAUAACUCCACCAUUGAGUUGUGUAUUAAAUUAUGCAUAUUAAUUUGUAUCUCACUUAAUCAUUUAUUAAAUGUUCAUCCCUAUGAGCUGAUAUAUCAAUUUAACUUAAAUAAGUGAUUGCCUUAAUGACUAAGGAAGUGUUCUGUGUAGACUUAGAUGAACCCGUUGUAAUGUUUAGCAUAGCAGAAUUCAGUCAUUUGGUAGAUUGAUCCUCCUGAAAAUGUUUUUUUAUUCUAUCUGAUUUACAUUUGAGACUAGUAUCUGUAUUAUUGCUAUAUUUAGCUCUUAGCCUUUAAAAGGCAUUCUCCAUCCCCAACAUCAUGAUUCAGUGUAAAAAUCAUCGUGAAAACACGCCAAAUGCAUUGUAACUACCAUCUUCCACACUUCUGACUCUUCCCUUACAAAAAUGUCUAUUUAUGUUGGUCUAUUUCAGGCAGGAGCAAAAAACAAAAACCUUUGCUCCAUUCUGGUCAUCUCAAGAACAGUUCUGAUGCUGGCUAUAUCAAACGGUCUUGUUGGUCAUGAUUUAUAUAUGUAUGCCCUCUGUAAAAAAAUAUGUAUGCCCUCUGUAUAAAAUACAGGAAUGGCAUAUGACAACCAGAUUUGCAGUGAUUUUACCCUGCACGUUCAUGGAGCAGACCUACGGUAUUUAUCAAGGUGUACAUAAUGAAGUAUAUUCCCUCCUAUAACUAAGCAGUGGGGAAAAAAAUGUUAGUGUCACUUUAUGUCCUACAAUGUAAAAAUAGCCAUGAUUUUGAAUGUGUAAAUUCAUCACCGCCAGACUAGUACGAAAGUUCAUCCCUCAUCAUUCUUUACUGGCUUGUAGAAAUAAACUGCCUUGUCAUACAUACAAAA